AUGACUGAAAUAGUCGAGUCUAUGAACGAGGAACUGCAUUCGUCCAGGCAUCUUGAACAAAUUUAUAUUUCCAAGAUAGCUGUGUAUUUUGUUGAGGAUUACUGUGGUGGUGGUGACUGGGGUACUGGUGCAGGUGGUGGUGGUGACUGGGCUACUGGUGCAGGUGGCGGUGGAGGCUGGGUUACUGGUGCAGGUGGUGGUGGUGACUGGGGUACUGGUGCAGGUGGUGGUGGUGACUGGGGUACUGGUGCAGGUGGUGGUGGUGACUGGGGUACUGGUGCAGGUGGUGGUGGUGACUGGGGUACUGGUGCAGGUGGUGGUGGUGACUGGGGUACCGGAGCAGGUGGUGGCGGUGACUGUGAUACUGGUGCAGGUGGGGGUGACUGGGUUAUUGGGGAAGAUGGUGGCGGUGAAUGGGAUACCGGUGCAGGUGGUGGUGACUGGUUUACUGGUGCAGGUGGUGGUGACUGCGAUACUGGUGCAGGUGGUGGUGGUGACUGCGAUACCGGUGCAGGUGGUGGUGACUGCGAUACUGAUGCAGGUGGGGGUGGUGGACUAACUAAAGGAGCUGUGGGAGGUGGUGGGGAAGUUGGAUUUGACACUGGUGGAGUAGACAAGGGUAUUGGAGGUGUUGUAGUUGUCGGGUUUGACGGAGGUAUGGGUGGUGCUGGUGAUGCAUUUGUUGGUGACAUUGCUGGCGCUUGUGCUUCUGCUAGUGCUAUGGCAAGAAACAUGCCAUAUAGCAUGCAAACACACCUUAGAUUAGCCAUUUUUCUUCUGGUUAGGAUAUCAAAGCUAUGUAGAUGUGUUUAUAUACCAAGUAAAGAUGGACUUUUAUGA